CCAAUAUUUGUAACCUUGAGGACGCAAACUCUUUACCGUAAUUAAGUUGCGAGUGUCCCUCUGUUUGUUGUUGCCUCAUUUUACGAUCUUGUCUUUGGACCUGCUUGCAUAAUUUGUGUUAACUUGUUUUCAUUUUUUUGAGUUAUUUGUUGCGUUCUGUGGUCGCUUGCUUAUUCAAGAGGAAAUAUUGCCGAGUGUUUAUGUAAUCAUAAAUUUUUUUUAAUUGUUCUCACUGCAGUAGUGGAUUUAUACUGAGUUUAAAGCCUCCGGUUAUUUUGACGGGAUGAUUUGUGAGUGCUUCUUGCAUUUAUGAAUUUUAAUAUUCCAAAGUCACCUGUGGAUAUGAGUGGCUUUUAAAAUUAAGGUUUUAUUUUAAAGACUUAGUGAGAUCUCAUCUGUUGUCUUCUCAUACUUAAUGGAGUUCUUGGUCAUCCACAGAGGUGAAUUCUGCCCAGCACAACACAAAUAAAGUGUAUUGUUGGAUUUAUUUGUGAGAAUUUAUUUUUUUGCGCGAAGAUUACUUAAGAAGCAGAUAUUGCUGCAUCAUUUCAGUUUGUGAAGCACAUCAGAUUAUCUUUAUUUUGAAAUCAUCCACUAAGAAAAACUUAUUUUCAUUUAACUGGGGCAUUCUCCACCAAGGCAUGACUAUGAAGCAUAAGUUGAUGAGACCCGGCCCAUCCGAAAUUGUUUACAAGAACAUGAGGUUUUUGAUAAUGGACAGGCCAACGGAUGCUACCAUCAAUGCAUUUAUAGAGGAGCUUAAAAGCAAAAAUGUAACAGAAGUUGUAAGAGUAUGUGAACCCACUUAUCAAAAAGAAGCUUUGGAGAUGCAUGGAAUAAAAGUAUUGGAUUGGCAGUUUGACGAUGGAUCUCCUCCACCAGUUAAAAUCAUGAAUGAUUGGUUUGAUCUUCUAAGGAAAAGGUUUAAAGAAAAAACAGACUGUUGUGUUGCUGUCCAUUGUGUUGCUGGUCUGGGCAGGGCACCUGUUCUAGUAGCAAUUGCCUUGAUUGAAUUGGGAAUGAAAUAUGAAGAUGCUGUUGAAUUAAUAAGGCAGAAACGAAGGGGUGCUAUCAAUGCUAAACAACUUGCUUUUCUGGAAAAAUACCGUCCUAAGUCCCGUCUGAAAUCCCAAAAUGGUUUGAAGCAGUGCUGCAUUCAGUGAACAGGAAUUAUUUUUCCUUUUUGUCUAUGGCAAUAAUUUAAGUUGCCUUAUUGUCUUAUUCAUUUUAAAGUUUUUCAUUACUUAGCAGCACUUUAAAAUAGAUUUGUAUAUGAUGGAAUUCACAUUUUUGUUCAUGUCAUUUAUUUACUCAUUCAUCAUUGUUUAAAAUGUACUCACACAUUACACGCAGAAGUUCUCUUGUUUAUCAAUUUUUUUUUAAAUUACCAAAUAUUUUGCUACUUAUCAUUCCAAUGAAUUUUAUAAAUUUUUAUUUUCGAAUAAAAAUGAUAAUUAGAAAUAUUUUUGAUCUUGCUAAAUUUUCUGAAUAUUGGUUGUUCUGCCCCAAAAGUUUGUGUAACUUGACUUGCCUGUUUAAUUUAAAUAUGUCAAUGAAUUUCAAGCUUUCAGAUGCUUAGAAUUGUUUAUGCUCAUAAUGAUGCUCAGAAUUUAUGUUUUUUGUUUAGUUAAAAAUAAAAUUUUGUAUAGCUGUUAAAAUUUAUUAUCUUAAUGAUAUUUUUACCUAUUGCAAGCAAUAAUAUGACUAGAACUUAAAUUUUAUAUUGCUAUAAUUCAAUACUGUAGUUUUUUCCACCGACUUAUAAAUCAGCCAUGUAUAUUUUUCAUAUAUUUUAAAAAAAUUUUAAAUUGGUGAGAUAUAUUUUUAUGAAUAAAGUACAAAUAAUAAAUGGAGAUAUGUAGAUCUUCGUUAUUUCUAUUGAUUUUAACGCAAUUUUUGUGAACUUUGAAAUUCUGUUUCAAGGAUAUUGACUACUUUUCUGCUGUAAUAUUUGGAAAAAUAAAUGUGAUAUGAAAAAUU